AUGGUUCCACAUACCGGGCACUUGACCCUGUUUUUGGUGCGGCAGCAGAGAAGUUUCGCCUCCGGAUUGCUAGCGGCGGGCCUGGGCGCCUUUCUAGUCACCCCACUCGAUGUUGUGAAAACGCGAAUUCAGACCGGCGGCUCCGGAUACCGAGGAAUCGGGGAAGCGCUGUGUAAAAUCUACGACGGCGAGGGCGUGCGCGCGCUGUUUCGGGGCGCCAGCUGCCGAGUUAUGGUGAUGGCCCCGCUGUUCGGCAUCGCGCAAAUGGUCUACUUUAUCGGCGUGGCCGAGAAGCUCGGCAUCGGCCAGGGCGGCGGCCCGAACGCGCUCUACAAUUUUCGAUCCCCGUUUGCGCUGUUGAAAACCGCG